AUGGAGCCCGGUGUCCGUAGCGUGGCAACGCUCCCGGUCAAGCAGCACGCGCUGCUGCUACGGCUCUGCCAGGUGUUUACAGCGCGCGCCCGUGUGGACCCCUCCCUCGCGGCAGCGUGGCUUCGUGACUCCCAAAGCCUCCUCCAGAGGCUGCUGUCUGAUCGCGCGCGCCUGCAGAAAUGCGGCCCCGCCGCCCCCGCUGAACUGACGGAGUACGUGAGUAUUUGGCUCCACGCCCUGUCCGGCCUGGUACGGGAGGGGGCGCCACUGGCCCCACGUACUUUCACGUCUUGCACUUCCGCGCCCUACCACAAACCUGCGUGGUCCCCGCUGGAUCGCCCAACCACCCAGGCAGGGGUGCAGCAUCUGACAGUAGCGUCGUUCGGUUGGUGGGAGCUCACCCCCGUCACUGACCAGAACGUGCGCGUCCUGUGUCAACACCUGCUGACCCAGGGAGUCCAGGUGUGCGCCGUUACCGGCCUCGCUGCGGGACUCGCCCCUGGGUCCCUCCAGGGUGCCCACGGCUACAGAUGGAUUGGGGACCUGCGCCGUGACUGCGCAUCCGCUGGAUUCUUCGUGGCUGAUGGGCUCGAAGGGCAGGCCACGGCGGUCCCUGGCUGCCCAGAGUGGUCUCCGCGCUGCAGGGCCAUGCAGCUGUGCGGCCGGUGCUUCCAGGCCGUCUACCAUCCUCAUGUCGGGAAGUGGUUGGCCAGCGAAUCCCAUGCCUUCCUGCGGCGGGUCCUGGACAACCACCUAACCAUGCAAUCCCUCUCCAGCGAGGGCUUCGCGUUGACCAUGGGCGAUUUCAAUCUGCGCGGCGUUGCGGAUGAUGGUUCAAAGGGGAACUCCUUGCGCGGCAUCUCCAUGCCCUAUGGGGCCCAGCCACGCACAGAGCGGGGGGGGGCCUUGGACCUCCACAUCACCGCGCUGGAGUAUUGUGGACAGGUCACCCCCUACUGGCUUCCCACCUCGUUCGCCGACCACGCCUUGGUCUUGGAGCGCCCCCUGACCACGCAGCCGCCCCCCGCGCCCCAGGACACUCCGCAGCAGUGCUGUUCUGUAUGGUGGGCGGCCGAGGAGGCCACGUGGGAGCAGGCGUGCGCACCCUGCCACUCCCACUGGCACCGGUACGCGACUGUCAUUCGCGCAGCUUCCUCCCAUCUACGCGACGGGGCUGCCAGUGCGCUCCGCGAGGCCGUUGCUGGCGCGGCUGUGAGCCUCUUAGUCGCUGUGCUGGUCACCGCCGGGCAUCUCGGCGGAGCGGUUGCCAUGGGCAGGCCGGCCGGGACUGCCGGACCCGGCGGCGCGCUCCUCAGCGAGCAGCGUGCUUGGCUACGGCAGGGUUCGGGGCCCUCCAGUCUGAAGCAGUGGAAAGUGCCCAAGGCGCACCUGCGGUCGGCCGAGUCUCGGACGGUCCCCAAAGGCUUCGCACGGGCGGCUCGCGGUGGGCCGGCCGCCCUCCAGCGCUGGCUGUCCUCGUCGCUGUCGACGCCGGCUCCCAGGCUCCUGAUCGACUCCCGAGCCAAGGCUCAAGCGCUCUUGCGCUUUCGGGCGCAAGUCGGCCGCCUAGACCGAAGGUGCAACUCGUCCUUGGAUGCAGCAGCGGCGCAUUCGGUGAACCAACUGCGCACGCGAAAGCGCUCCGCGGUUGCCGCGGGGCUCGACCCUCCUGCAGCCGUCGCCGCGCCGGCGGAUCUUGGGAGCAGCGGCUUCUUCGUAUUACCGAGCACGGUGCAGCGCCUGAUGCGACGGCGCUGUGCGGCCAAAGGUUCCGCCCGGCUUCCCGUGGCCGCCCUACGUGGGGCGUCCCGCAUACCUGCUGCUGUCGAGGCGGUCACCUCGUUCCUCGACCUGACGUGGCAGGUGUCAGAAUUGGACGCGCUGUUACUGGAGGUCGAAGUCGUCCACCUGUACAAGGGUAAGGGCAAGGACCCCGAAGCCAUAGAGUCUUAUCGGCCAAUCGGCCUUGUUGAGCCGCUCCUAUCCUUAGUCGUGGAUGUUCUCCAGCUUCGCAUCGGCCCCUUCCUCAUCGGUCUUGCAGGCCCCGCGCAAACCGGCGGGAGGUGCGACCCUAGGGGACAGGUUGUCGUUCUACGGGAGUGGUCCGUUGCUCGCCGAAAUCUUGGGCUCCCAACGUGCGACCUGGUGAUGGGCGCUCGUUUCGGCUAUGAUGGCGGAAGCCACUCCCAAGUGCUCCUACAGGCUCAUCGUGCGGGUACCCGCCCACGUGACUGGUUGUUGCUGGACGCCCUUCUUCGCAAGCACCGCUUAUUCGUCCGCAUCGCCGACCCUGGCCGCCCGGCCUCACGGUUGGGCCCGGUGGAGCACACGGGAGGCGGCAUGGUCCAGGGCGUCGGCAUAUCGGGCAUGGCCUACACCCUACUCCCACGCCACCUGGAAGAAGCCGUAGCAGCAGUCGUUCCGGCGCCAUGCCUCCAUCGGCACCCGGCUGCUCUGGUCGCGUUCAAGGACGCGGCGGACGGCGAUCUCUCGCCCUGGCGGGACUUCUCCAUCCCUGACGUCUUGGUGCGGGGUGAGCGCAUGCGGGCUGCCCUGCGGACGUCGCUCGGCGGUAGGCUCGGGCGCAGCGCCCAGGCAAUCGUCGACGAGUUGUUCAGGCGUUGCCAAUCCGACGCCGAGCGGCUCAUGCUCCUCGAUUUGUCCGAGCAGGCCGUCGCUGCGGUCCAUAGUUACGCCACCAACCACGGGGUCGUCUUCCAGUGCGAUUCCGACAAGAACGUGGUCUACGUCGACGGGGUUCCUGACGCUGCCCGCUCCGCUCUGCAAGCACGGUUGGAAGGUGCACUCCAGGAGGGCACGCCGGCGGUCGCACAGCAGGUCAAAAACCUCGGCGUGCUGGAGUCUGCGGGUAUUAGCGGCGCCGCCGCCGUCCUCCGCCAGCUGGAGCGCAGGGCGGCCACGUUGUCCAGCGGGAUCAACCACCGCGCCCUCCAGAGCCAAUGGCCCCUGGCGGCGCGGCGGCUUUUCUAUGCGCGGGCCCUCAUGACUGUCGCCUUCCUGCUGCCCCUCACCAUUGAAUGCAGCAGCGCUGCCCUGCGACUCAAUAGGCUGCAGUCCCGAUGGAUCCAUGCGGUCGUACACGGCCCGUGGCGCGGCCGACGCCCUGCUCCCGUAGGCGCGGUUCGGAAGCGCUACCUGGCGGACCUUGGCUGGGGCUCUCUUUGGUCCCACGCUGUCAUCUCAGCGAUCCUCCUGCACCAAAAGCUGGGGGCUCAGCCGCCCGACUAUGCCCACGUUCGCGUGGUCUCCGACACGCAGCCGCCGGCAGGUGGUUGGGUGUCCAAGGUGCGGCACCUCGUGGCGCGCUUCACCGUGCCGCCGUUCGCCGAUAUUGUCCCCGAGUGGGAAUCGCUGCCCCACAGCGCUCUCAAAGCGAAAUUUCGCCACUACCGCUUGGCGGAGGUGGCCCCCCGGGUACGGGAGGGCCUGGAGAAGUCCGUCCCUGGCGCCGCGCUGCCGUGGGCCUGGAUCUCCGCUAACCUCUCCACGCCGCCCUGGGGCGAGGCUUUCGCCGCCUGGUGGCAGCGGCGAUGCGAAUAUGAGCCUGCUGACGCCCGGCCAGCGGUCUUCGAUGACCCUGUGUGCCCGCAGGACUUCUACCUCAAGCUAUCGACCUACAGAUUCGG